AUGGCGUUGGAUGAGAGUGAUGAUGAUUUCGGAUCAGCGGCUGAACCGCGUAAACGGAGACGAAUACAGCGCGAAGGGUCCUUCGACGAUGCUGUAAGCAAUGCACCGAAAGUGAAGAAGUUCACCACCACGCCGGACGUGCCCAAAUUCGGUGCCGUUGCCCAAUUGCAGCAUGUCAUGCAAGUGAAGAGAGCGCGAAUGAAAACUUUGUCAGGCCGAUUUGAGAAGCUUGUGAGGGCUUUACUCUUGCAUACUGAUGCUGCACUUACCGAGGAGAUCAACGCGCUGGAACAGGGUGAAACUACUAAAAAUGUCGAGGCGGCGGUUGUUGAGUUGGAGAGGGAACAGGAACGGAAGUUGGAGUUUGCGAGAAGACGAUACGAAAUGCAAAAAAUGGAGUUGCAUCGACGGCAUAAGGGUGAGAAUCGAUUUGCUUGGGGUGAUUUCUUGAACAAGAGAUCGCAAUUGAGAAAAGCCAUGAUGGAACAUCUAACUCGAAAAAUCUCACGGCUGAGAAUUGAGAGGAAAGCGGCUGAUCUCGAAGUUGAGCUGGACUUGCGACGAGAUACGUUCAGGAACAAGCUGCUGGAACAAGAUGAUCACCGGAAACUCAGUUCUGCUUUCUUCGGAGCACGCGAUGAGCCGCUUGGUGCUACGGCCAAGGAGGCAGAAGAGGACUUGGAGGCGAUGAAUGAGGGAUGGGAACGGUCACCCACGCCGAUGUCCAUGGAUAGUGAGGGCAAUAUCGACGAGUUGGAAGAGGAGUACGAUGAGUUGGAAGCUCUACUCGGGAUUUUCCGGAGAGCUGCAUGGGAGAAGGGCGAGGAGUAUUGUCAUGGAUUGGAUUUAUUGUUGGCAGGAAUGAAGGCGGACGAGCAGCUACAGCGGCAACUGAGCGCAGCACCGGCGUUGCCGCAAGUACCGCAUAUUCCACCCGGAGGGUUCCUCAUCGCACAUCCUCCGGGUCGUCCUCCGACGCUUCCUCCCGGCGCACGGAUCCAGUACGUCAUUUCGGGUCCUCCGCCGCCUGGGCAGGUCAUCAUGAACGCCUACCCCGGUUCUGCACAACAAUAUGCCCCUCCGACACCCAAGUACCCGCCUCUUCCGGAUUACUCCAAUCGAUUCCCCCCCAACCAGUCGGCCAACACUGUGCCUACCAACGCGUUCUUUCCGUCCGGUUCUCCUUACCCACAGGGCUUCCCCAGCACACCACCGCAAAAUGUUAGACCGUCAUACUCCCCUAUGCCUUUCCCGACCACUACUCCAGACAGAGACAUCCAAAAUUCCGCCUUGGCUCAGUUGUCUGAGUUUGCUUCGAAGAUCCCUCCACGGCCUACGAACCCAUUCGAGGCACUGGCGCAAGUCGCAGAUGUCGCGGCAAAGACCUCCGUCGUUGCUGCACCAGAGAUGGACCCAAAGUCGUGGGCUGAAGGUUUGUUCGCUGCUAUGGGUACACAAUCUGCGCAGAAGACGGCAACGCCGAAUCAACCUCGACCAACCUACACGGUGCGCAUCACUCCGGCCGGUUCGACACCUGGACGUCCAACCCCGCCUCCUGCUCGAUUUGAUGCGCCCAGGGCUCCACCACCUGUGAUGACGUUGGGUUCGUCUCCGGCUGCGCAGCCAGCGCCUGAGGUAGCUCCGCCAGUAUCUCCAUCACCGACUCCCAUUCCACCGGCCCUCGCUGAUCGACGGGAAUCUUUGGAAUCUCGGCGCACAGAGGACAGACGGAUGAGCGAAGCCCUCUCAAUCGGAGAAGCACCGGUUGUAGCACCGAUAACGUCACCUCCUGUGUUCCCUCCAGCGAUACAACCAUCUGCCUUCUCUGGGUGGACAAGGCCGAAGUCAGCAACACCGACUGAGAGGACGGGUAUUCCUCCGCCGACCAGCAAUGACGGCAGUCGCAGCACAUCUCAAAGGGUCUCUCCAGAGAAAGCCCCGGAAAGCCCCGCUGUGGAAUUUGCGCAGGUUGUCCGUAGUCCGGCACGCUCGGACGACUUAGACCACCACGAUUUCCAAGCGAUCGAAGCAUUUGAUGAGAAAAUGGAGGACGCUGACCCGGCUCCCGAGCCCGUCGAAGAUUUUGACCAGCCUAUGGAGGAAGCGGCCGAACCUGCGGAAAGUCCUAAAGGUCCCGCGAUGGGUGAGUUUACCACUGCCAUGACGGCACAACCACAGAAUUUAGCAACAGCAGAUGCUGAUGCGCAAAUCAACCAGUUUUUCGAUAUUCCGCGGACCCCGAGUGAGCAACAACAUGUGACCGAGGGAAUAGGUGAGAAGGAACAGGAGGCAGAAGAAGGUGAAACGGCGCGAGUGGGGAGUCCUGCAGGGUCUGAUCGCACCAUCGUCGAAGACUCACCCGAACCCCAACCCGAACAAGAACCCGAACCAGAACUGCUGGAGCAAGAGGACGAACACAGAGACGACGUACUCGCCCACCGCAUCUCCCGCGAACGCGCAAGCUGGCUCGCCCGCCGCAACCGCCAACCCUUCUAUCUCCCCCCACCCGAAUCCGACUCCGAAGACGACGAGCCCCUCCCACCAACUGCACUCCUCAUAACUACCUCAUCCGGAUGGCAAAUUCCCGCCGCAGCACGACUAGGCGCUGGAUCCCAUCCAAUGGCAUGGAUGUCGAAUAUGCCUUCAGGCACUGUCCCGCCGCCUCCGCCGCAUUUGCAGCAGAGACCGGUUACGAUGCCAAGGGGGAUUAUGCCGAGGAAUAUGUUGGGCGGGAUAAAUUGGCCGGUAUCGAAUCAGGCGCAGAUUGACGCGCAGCUUAAUGCUGCUUUUGCGCCGCAAUCGGCUCAACCACCUCCGCCUCCUGCUCCGCCUGUGGAGGAGAGUGGCCGGGAUGGGCCGGGGAGUCCUGCCGCGAUUAGGGCACCGGAGCCGCCGCAACCGCCGAGAGGUAUGAAACCGGGUGAGAGGCCAGUGACGUUACCGAGUUCAAACGCGACUGCGAUACCGACAUUUGGGCAGAGAGCACAACCGGCACUCGCGAAUGCGCUACGUCCACCCGCGUUUUUGAACGUCACUCCCGCUGCGGCGAUGUUGAUGCAGGCCGAGGCUGUGCCCACACCUACGAAGUUACCUGUGUCGGGAUCAGGAUCCGGUGCGGAGGGUGGUGCAAGUGGUACUGGGGGAUUCGGUGGGGACAAUGAUGGGUUAAUGGAUGAUUUGGCACUUAUGGCGAUGGUUGCUGGUGUUGCGGCUGGCAGUAGUGAUCCGUUGGAGCCAUCCGAGGGUGAUGGGGAUGGGGAUAUCGGGGAUUUGAUGAAUUUGGAUGGGUACAGGAAGCAUGGCGAAAGGUGA